CAGGGCCUAAAAUUUCGGGAUCUUCUACCCGAUUCGGGAUCCUCUUAUUUGAAAAGUGUUGCUCUUAUUUGAAAAUCGGGAUGUUACUUUUGUUACGUUUGAAAAUCAUAUUUUGCUGUGAAUCGUCACUCUCAGAAUAGAGUGUGGUGAUUCAACGCUAAAAUAUGAUUUCUUAUCAUAUAAAAAAGUAACAGCCCAAUAUUCAAAUGAUAUUUCUCAUUUCAGAACUGUAUUUUGGCGAUAUCUUGUGUUGUGCACAACACAAAGUCGAUCAAUUUGUUUACUUUAUUUAUACCGUUUAGUCUGUUUAAUUUAUUAGCUUCUUUUCUCAUUAUGAUUCAUUUCAUGAGUAACCGAGACUUAUUCGGUCAUUUGAUUUUGGUUUUGGCAAAAGUUGCAUGUCAGCAAAAAAAAGUCAACUGCGUUCACUGCCAACCACAUAGGCGAGACAUACCCGCUGUAUAAUCAACAAAAAUGAUUAUUGUGAUAACUUUUAUUUUGAACUGUGAACAAACACAGAAAUGUUUACAUAAAAUAAUAAUCGCAUGAUGAACAGCGCAAUGUGUUCAAGCCUCAAGAUUUGAGCAUUAAUUGCAUAUUGUUUUUGGCUGCUUUCAUUCGUGUAUUGAAAUCAAUCAAGUGCGGUUCUCAUAGUAGCUCGCUAAUGUCAGAGAAAAGGAACGAGAAGACGAGUAUUGAUCGGUUUUUUGUGAAAAAACCGAAGCCAAAUGACUCUAGCGGUGUAAAUACAUCAAACGAAAAUGCGAGUGCAAUUCCCACGUUCGAACCCGAUAUUUUACAACAAAAUUCGUCUUCAACUUCAUCAGUGAUCGAAGAGUCCGAACCAAAUGAACAAAUUGCCGAAACAAAUGAAAACCAAGUCGAUCAAAUUUCAACAGCAACAUCAACAUUAAUUAAUAAAGUGGAUUUCCACAAAGAAUGCAAAGAAUGCAUCGAAUCGUUUGAAGUGCGUGAUAAAAAUGAUGCAAAGUUGCGUUAUGUUCGGUGCAACGUGUGUAUGGCAUUUCCAAACAUUGUCAAAAUGAAUACCGAUAACAGAAAACCACCUCCAAUCACAACAUCUGAAGGCGCUCGCUACCGACAGUCGUAUGUGGAAAAUCAUUUUGAAUCAAAGUGUCACAAAGCAUGCAAAUUCGCACUUAAUUUGCCAGGAGAAUUAAAGUCUGGUAUUGAAAUACACUUGAGCAAAGCAAAUAAAAAGUUGGCGUCGCAUGUAACGAAACUUUUGUAUGACGUAUUCGUCGAUGCAAAAAAACUGGGUAAUUCAGCAUGGAGUUGGCCGUCGCGUGUUGUUGGUGCCGAGUCUGGGAGACUUUUUGAAUAUGAAAACAAAAAUUCGCCAACUGUGCCUUUUUUAAAUUUACAGUACGUGAACCCAGUUGCUCAUUUGGAAUUGUUAAGCACUAUCGUAAGAUCGGACAAGGAAUGUCUUGAAAGGAAACUGAAAACAGCUCUUGCUUGUUCUCUCCGUGUUGAUGGAUCGAUUGACCGCCAACAAAUCGACAAGAUUUACAUUUUGCUUAAAAUUGUCAAUGCUGAUGGUGAGCCUGAAUUAGUUUUUCUUGGUAUAGGCGAACAGAAAUUACGAGGUGCACUUGGUCUGUUUGAUGCCGUAAAAAGAGGUAUUAUUGACAAUAUUGGUGAGCAACUGUAUGAAACUGUGAUGUUGAGCAUCUCUUCGAUUUGUACCGACGGAACUAAUGUAAAUUCUGGCGAAAAGGGUGGUUUAUGGAAAUACAUUGAAGACGAAAUACGUCGCAUCAAGUCAGUUAUACCGCUAUCAAAAAUUUGGUGCAGUGCACAUCGUAUGGAAUUGGUUUGGGGUGACGUGAGCAAAACACAUACCAUCGUGCAAAACACUUUGAACGAACUCAGUUCCAUUUCGUCAUAUUUUCGUCAAUCCGGCUUGCGUACAGCUGAGCUCGAAUCGAUUGCAGCUGAAUACAAACUACAUCUCUCGAAAUUGCCAAAAUUGUUUACAAUUCGUUGGACGGAGUAUAGCGCCGCAAUUAUAAAUAAUAUUUUGCGAUCAUGGGUGGCAUUAAUGACAUAUUUCGAUGGAAAUAAGAACAACGACAGCAAAGCAAACGGUUUUUUUAUUUUUCUUCAGAAAAUUGAUAAUCUUCGUGUCAUCGCAUUUUUGGCUGACUUAUUGAACAUUUAUUCUCGUUACCAGAAAAAAUUACAAGGCGAUGAUUUAACGAUCAUAAGUCUAGUGCAAAACAUCAAUUCUCUUCGUAAUGCACUGUUAACUUUACAGUCAGAUUUUCUUCUUGGUGGAUGGGAAGAGGCGCUAAAAAAUGACAUCGAAGAAACGGAUGAUGGAAGAUUUAUUCUGAAGCAUUUUGAACUUCAGCGAUCUGAAGACGGCCGUACAAGACAAGAAACGUCUGGCAUUGAUUUUCAAAGCAUUCGAAGUGAUAUAAUUGGUUCUAUUUUGAAUUGUCUUUCCGAACGGUUCGAUAGUGAUGAUAAGCAAAUAAAACUGAUAGAACCAUUUGUAACGUUUGAUCAACGUGCCGAUUUGCGCGAGAUUCACAAAAAUUUUGCAACUGAUCUCGAUUUGACAUCAAUUCAAUUGCAAUAUAACGAGUUGGUUCAACAAAAGAUUGCACAGAAAUUGAAUGGGAAAUUGCAUGAAAUCAUCAAGAUUCUACAAAUUCGAAAAAUUACAAAGAAGUGCUGACUAUAUUAACACGAAUUCAAGCGUGUACGCCGCAUUCAGCGGACGUGGAAAGGUCUAUAAGCGCAAAUAACAGAAUAAAGACACCACUACGAAGCAGUAUCUCACUUGAAACGGAAGUAAAAUAUCUUUACGUUCAUUUUAAUAUGCCUGAUCUCGAAGACUGGGAUCCAAGGAUGGCAAUCAAACAAUUUAUGAACGAAAAGCAACGCAAAGAUUUUUCCGGCGUUAUGGACAGAAAAGCAAAGAAUGCGCCAUAUUUUAAAGGUAUAUUCAAAAGUGCUCGAGAACAAAAAGAAGAUUCCGAUGAAGAUGAUGAAAUCAAAACAAUUAAGAAAUUUUAAAGCACUCAUAAUUAUUAAAGUUUGAUAUAUUCUAUUCGUUUUUUUUAAUUUAGCUUAUCGUUUUCACUCAAAUAUUUACUGCUCAAUUCAUAACAAUAUUUAUUCAACUGCGUAGAUGAUAAGAAGGAGAAUAAAGUCUAUUUUCAUUUAUUUUACAGCAGAAAA